AUGACAUCUCAGAAUACGAGCAUACCGUCGUUCACACAAUCAUUUUCUGCAGGUAUCAAGCCGCAAUAUGUCCGGAUUGUUGGAGAUUCUGUUGGAGUUGUUAAUCUUACGCCUGCCGCUCUGCAGUGCCUUGCAGACAAGACAGCACAGAAAUUUGCUAUUCAUAGUCGGCGAAGAAGGGUACUUGUUGAUGAUGUGGGAUCCGCUCUGAAUAUGUUGUUCAUUCCGAUGCCUAUAGGAUCUCUGACCCGUCCCCAGCCUUCUAUGCGACAUUUGCGAAUGCCAGGUGGAGAGCAACUGUAUGUUAGGGAAGACGUAGAUCUCGAUGUUCCAUCCCUUACCCAGCCUCCACAAAUGCGAAUUCCCCUGAAGCGUCAUAUUCGUGUUCACUGGAUCCGGGCAGGUAAUGAUGAAGAGCCACAACCAGAGAAGAAAGUGAAAAAAGCGCUACAAGGAAGUGGAGCGAACUUUUCUGUUCUUCCGGCUGCACUAAGAAAGCGGGUGCUUUUGCCAAACGAAAUUCUUUCUCCAUCACUUUCAUUUCGUCUGGCCGCACAAGGAUUACCAAAAAAGGAGCAGAUUUUGGUUAAGCCAUCGUUUUUGGAACCCUUAUCAGUCGAACAACAGGUUUAUCUCAAGGAAAUUGUUGAGGCUUGUGUUGGUCAGGAUGACAAAAAGCGUCAACAAGCACUUCAGUCUCUUGAACGUGAUACAGGGAUACAAGUACUGCUUCCACGAUUGUCUCGCUUGAUGUAUACAUCUAUUCGAUGCAAUAUCGUUCAUCGCUGUUUGUCCAUGUUAAUUUACGUCGUACGAAUGAUGAGAGCGGUUGCCGCUAAUAAAUCAGUAAAAUUGGAUGGAGUACUUCAUGAAUUCUUGCCAUCGCUGUUGAGUUGCAUGCUGUGCAGAGUUCUGUGCACUCGACCUGAUUCGGACAAUCACUGGGCAUUACGUGAUUUUGCUGGAAAAACGCUGAUAACUAUUGUGAAGUAUGUAAUAUCACAGCCUUAG